AACCAUGGUAGCUGCCAUUCUCGGGAUAGCAAUGACAUCAAUACAGGACGAAAUAUUCAACAGCGUUCUCUCAGGAGACGUAGAAGACUUACAGCAGGUUCUGGAAAGUUACGAUGCUACCGAAGAGUCAGAGGAGACCAAUUUGUUUGGAAAAGUGGACGAGAUGGGAAGAAAUGCCCUUUUAGUCGCCUCCAUGCUCGGAAAGAGCAGCGUUGUCCGUGAACUAGUGAAACAAGGCGCCAAGUUGGACGAGCAAACCGUCAGAGGGUAUACAUCGCUGCAUCUUGCUGCUUGUUGGGGCCAUCUGGACACAGUGAAGACCCUGCUUGAGCUAGGAGCUGACUUAAAGGCCAAGACCUUCAGAGAGGAGUCACCUCUGGACCUGGCCAAGAGAUACUCCCAGACAGACUGCAUUGUCCAUCUCACACAGGCUGAAAAGGAACUGGAAGCUCUUAUCGCUGCUGCAAACGAACCUCCCACAGCCACAAAGGAGACUGAAUCAAGUCACCAAAAUCCAAGAGCAAAGCAUCGGAAAAGCACUAAGUUUAGCUCCUAAUUUUAAGAACAUUAAUUAUAAACACAGUAAAAUAUUGACGUUCAUCAAUC